UUUCGUAGAUAAGGAUUUUGAAUGGUCCUACUUUAAUUGGUCAAAUAUGGCUGAUAUGAAACUACUAUGGACUUAUUUAGCGGUCGGAAUCUUCUGUGUGUUGAUAAAGGCACAGCAGACUCAAGACAUCGCAUUCAGUGCAAGGGUGUCGCAACAUGUGAAAAACUUGACAGACAACCAACCGAUCGUGUUUGACACCAUACGUUACCAAAGUGGUCACUAUUAUAACAAAGCCACAGGUGUAUUUUACGUGCCAAGAAAUGGAACUUACGUCUUCUACGUCAACAUACUGUCCGAAUAUAACAACAUGAUAGAGACACAACUAGUUGUCAACGGACAAUCUCUGGCGCUCAUGUACUCGGGGGCCGGACAUUUUCAUGGAGCGGGAAGCAACAUGGCGAUAGCGCACUUGACGGCUGGAGACAACGUCUGGGUGCGGUUGCACGGUCACUGGAGCUCCGACCGGUCCGUACACUGUUGCUGGUCAACCUUUUCCGGCUUCCACCUCAGCGAUGAUGAGAUCGCAUUCAGCGGCUCGCUUUCCCAACAUCAACGGAACCUCUCCGCCCACCAGCGGCUCGUCUUUGACAAUGUUCUCGUCAACACAAAGUCUUCAUACAACAGAAAUAGCGGCGUUUUCUUCGUCCCCGAAUCUGGUCUCUACCUACUGCACUCAAACAUUCUCUCUGAGCACCAUAAUUACGUCGAGACGGAAAUUGUCUCUAACGGACAGCCGCUGGCGGAGAUAUUUUCUGGUAGCGCAUCCUUCGGUUCCGGGGGGAACCUCGUGAUCGCGGAGUUGGCGGCGGGCGACAAUGUAUGGGUGAAGGUGAAUGCAGACCAUAGUUCCGAUAUGGCCAUCCAUGCCAGCUGGUCCACAUUUUCCGGCUUCCGGUUGAGCAACGCGGAGAUAGCAUUCAGCGCAAAACUAACCGCCAAUUUGACACAUAUGGCCGCAAAUCAAACGAUAGUGUUUGACAAAGUGGUGACCAACUUCGGGAGCGGCUACGACCCGUCCACUGGUCACUUCCGGGCCGCCGCAACCGGCGUGUACCUCCUGUACACGAACAUCCUGUCGGAAGCCGACAACUUCAUAGAGACGGAGCUCCUUGUGGACGGACAGGCGCUUCUGGAGGUCUACUCUGGGGCAGGUCAAUAUGCCGGAUCCGGAAGCAACUUAGUACUUGUAAUGCUGAACGAAGGCCAGGAUGUUUGGAUGCACGUCCACGGACAUUGGAGCUCCGACAUGACCGUCCACUGCUGCUGGUCCACCUUCUCUGGCUACCUACUCUUUGACGCCCCUCAGUCCGCCAUUGUGGGUUAGAUACAGACGUGCAUGUCGAGAACAUUUUUGUCGUGGUAUAUCAAAAGGCAGGCGUUUGAUGAUUAUUGUUCGCUUGUUUAUGAAAGAGAUUUAAACAAAUCCCCAA